AUGCCUAGUCUGGUUCCUCUUGCAAUUCCUGCAAACUUCCGGCGCCGGUCUCUAAUUACUCUCUUUUUUGCUGUAAUGCUUCUCCGCUCUCGUCUGGUCUUGGUUCCAAGGUCUGUGGUGGAUAAAUUGAAAGCUGCGACGGCGCGGAAACGGGCCACUCCAGAAGAACUUGUGCUCGCUCUACAGCAGGUGUACGUUAACGAAUUAGACGGGAAUAAGACCAUUCUUGUACCUUACAAGGACAGUAUCUCAAAGGUCACGAUCCACCCAACAUCUAGUGCCAGAUUUGCUACCAAUGCAAAACACUUUCCGCUGGUUCCCGCCUCGCACAAGCCGAACCUCGACAAGACGUUCCUGCGACAGCUCCUUGCGAUUUUACGCAUCGCCUUCCCCACAUGGCAUUCCAAGGAACUACUCAUUCUCAUCCUGCAUUCGUUUUUCCUUGUCUCGCGGACAGUGCUCAGCGUUGCCGUUGCGCGACUAGAUGGGCGAAUCGUUCGAGACCUUGUCAGCGCAGACGCCCAAGGCUUCCUGAAAGGCCUCGGAUUGUGGUUCUUGCUCGCUGUCCCCAGUAUAUGGACGAAUUCAAUGAUUCGGCAUCUGCAGUCGAAGCUGUCUCUUCUGCUCCGGACGCGCCUGACUCGCUACACAGAUGACUUGUAUCUGUCUUCGUCUCCGGACUUACGAUACUAUCGUAUCGCAUUGGAAGGUGGUCUGGAAGAUGUCGACCAGUACAUCACCACAGAUAUCGCCUCGUUCUGUGACGCCCUGUCUGGAAUAUAUGGCAACGUGCUUAAGCCGUCGCUGGACCUUAUCCUGUUUACUUCACAGCUGUCACGCACGCUCGGCGUGCGUGGUACGUUGCUGCUAUUCUUAAACUACUACGUGACUGCGCGUAUCUUGCGCGCGGCGACACCCGCGUUUGGCCGGCUAGCUGCUGUGGAGGCGCGAUUGGAGGGUGAAUAUAGAGCUGGAAUGGGAAGAAUUGACCGAGAGAGCGAAGAAAUAGCGUUCUAUCGUGGUGGCUUGCGGGAACGCAGCAUCCUUUGGCGCGCAUACUUACGACUCAUCAGUCACAUCAAUUCGAUAUACAAGAUCCGGAUAGCAUAUGAGUGGACAGAGGACUUCGUGAUCAAGUACCUCUGGAGCGCGGCUGGAUACUGUCUGAUAUCAGUACCGGUCUUGCUUACCCGGCGACGACACGUCGGUGUCCAGACGUAUGGCCCCGGAGGAGAUGAAACUACAAACAACGAAGUCGCGAACAGAACAGAGACCUACAUCUCUUCCCGGCGACUGCUUCUCUCACUCGCCGAUGCGGGCGGGCGGUUGAUGUACGCCUACAAGGAUUUGCUCGAACUCGCAGGCCUUACAACGCGAGUCUACACGCUCCUCUCCACGCUGCACAACCUUCCACCGCUCCCGUCGACGACCGACGACGAGUAUGUAGAUCGUAUUGAGGUCAAGGAUGUCGACGUAGGCAUACCUACGCCCGCGUUCUUGCAGCCCGCCUCAGCAGAGGAAGUCACUGACUCAGAGCCGGCAUCGCCCGGCGCGUCGUGGGUGCUUGUUAAGGACCUGUCGUUCAUGCUGCGCGAGGGCGAGCAUCUGAUGAUCACUGGAAGCAACGGCGUCGGUAAGACAGCAGUGGUGCGUGUGCUCGCAGGGCUGUGGGCGGCGCAGGGUGGAGGUGUCGUCCGGCGUCCGGCAGGACGACAGGGUGUUUUUGUCAUACCGCAGAGGGCGUACAUGGUAACAGGGACACUAUUAGACCAGAUUAUAUACCCACACUCGUACCCCGAGUACUUAGAGUCAGGGAAAACGGAGCAGGACCUUAUGGACAUCCUCACAGCGGCCAACCUUGCAUAUCUGCCUGCGCGUGAAGGCGGGUGGAAUACACGUAAGGAAUGGCGGGAUGUCUUGAGUGGAGGUGAGAAGCAGAGGAUGGGUCUCGCACGUGUCUUCUAUCACAGACCGAAGUUCGCUGUGCUAGAUGAGUGCACAAGCGCAGUAUCUAGCGACGUUGAGGGCCGCAUGUACGAGCACGCCAAGUCGCUCGGGAUCACGCUGAUUACGGUCUCAAUACGGCCAUCGCUCAUGCGAUACCACACGCUACUCCUGACGCUUGCAGGCGACGGGACCGGCAGGUGGACGCUGUCACGGAUCGGCACCGCCGAAGAACGCAUGGGGAUUGACCGCGAGAUUGCAUCCCUCGAGAGUAAGCUGGCUGACGUCGAACGUUGGGAAGAGAGGGUGAAGCAGCUGAAUAAGGUGUUGUCGGCGCGCGAGCAGUGA